AUGAGUCUCGUACAACAUUCAUCAAGUGAGGCUGCCUCACCUGUUCCCAUCAUCGAGACAGACGACCAAGGAAGACCCGUAAAGUCAAGUACAAACGGCUACUUCCCCUCCAACGGCCAACAUCUCCCUUCUUCUGCCAACGGAACUGUUACUCCUUCGUUCAUCGACAACAUGUCUCACCUCUCUGUUGUCCGUGGGAGAGACGACUCUGACGCUGCGUCUAUCCGCUCCACGAGCUCUCGCACCUCGAGAAAGCCUCAGAUGCAGCUUGCGAGCUACCAGGAUGAGUUCACCACCAGCGUCUACGGCUCUCGCUUUGCGGGCAUGGACCUCCCCAGGCAUCAUAUGCCUGAGAAUGAGAUGCCCCGCGACAUUGCCUAUCGCAUGAUCAAGGAUGAUCUGAGUCUCGACAACAACCCCAUGCUCAACUUGGCAUCAUUUGUCACUACUUACAUGGAAGAUGAAGCCGAAAAGCUCAUGGCCGAGUCCUUCUCCAAAAACUUCAUCGAUUACGAGGAGUACCCUCAAUCCGCCGACAUUCAGAACCGCUGUGUCAACAUGAUCGGUGAUCUCUUCCACGCUCCUCCCGGCGAAUCAGUCGGUACAUCUACAGUUGGUUCAUCAGAAGCCAUCAUGCUUGCUGUCCUGGCCAUGAAGAAGCGCUGGAAGAACCGCAGACAAGCUGAGGGGAAGAGCACCGAGCACCCCAACAUUGUCAUGUCAUCUGCUGUGCAGGUCUGUUGGGAAAAGGCCACUCGAUAUUUCGAGAUUGAUGAGAAGCUCGUCUACUGCACUCCUGAUCGAUUCGUAAUGGAUCCUGACGAGGCUGUUGAUCUGUGUGAUGAGAACACCAUUGGUAUGUGCGCUAUUCUCGGAACCACCUACACUGGUGAGUACGAGGAUAUCAAGGCCAUCAAUGAUCUCCUUGUUGAGCGAAAUCUCGACGUCCCCAUCCACGUCGAUGCUGCCAGUGGCGGUUUUGUCGCACCUUUCGUGGUCCCUGACCUAGAAUGGGAUUUCCGAUGUGAAAAGGUCGUCUCCAUCAACGUCUCAGGCCACAAGUACGGUCUUGUGUAUCCUGGUGUUGGUUGGGUUAUCUGGCGAUCUCCCGAGUAUCUUCCCCAAGAGCUCGUCUUCAACAUCAACUACCUCGGAGCCGACCAAUCCUCUUUCACUCUUAACUUCUCCAAGGGUGCAUCGCAGGUCAUUGGUCAGUACUACCAGCUCAUCCGUCUCGGAAAGCAUGGUUACCGUGCUAUCAUGAGCAACCUCACCCGCACUGCCGACUACCUCACAGAAACCCUUGAGAACUUGGGUUUCGUCAUCAUGUCAGAACGAUCUGGAGCUGGUCUCCCCCUCGUUGCCUUCCGCUUCAAGACUGUUGAAGAGGGCGGUGAUCCUGAUCGCUACUACGACGAGUUUGCUCUCGCUCACCACCUCCGUUCUCGGGGCUGGGUCGUCCCUGCUUACACCAUGGCUCCCAACUCUGGUGUCAAGAUGUUGCGAGUUGUUGUCCGAGAGGACUUCACAAAGAGUCGAUGUGACCAGCUCAUCUGCGAUGUCAAGCUGUGCCAUGGUCUUCUCAAGGAGACAGACCAGGAGUCUAUCAAGAAGCGCGAGGAGUACAUCAGGAAUCACAUUUCUGCCAUGGGUCGUGGAAAGCAUGCCCACCCUGUUUACAAGGGCGAGUCGCAUUCUCUCCAGGGCAAGACUGGCAAGACACAUGCUAUUUGCUAG